AUGGCUACGAAUGACGCCCAGACUUGCCGCAUUUCCAUCCUGUGUUCGGGAAGCGGAACAAAUUUGCAGGCCAUUAUCGAUGCUGUUCAGAAUGGCCAGAUUUCCAACAGCAAGAUCAUCAAAGUCAUUGUCAAUCGUGCAAAGGCUUUCUCAGUGCAAAGGGCAAAGGACGUUGGCAUCCCUCACGAUUACUUCAACCUAGUCUCUCAAGGUUUCGUGACGAAGGGCGAGAAGGACGAGGCCAAGCUGAAAGCGGGCCGCGCUCGCUACGAUGCCGAGUUGGCUCAGAAAGUCCUCGAGGACAAGCCCGAUCUUGUCGUUCUCGCGGGCUGGAUGCACGUCUUCAGUGAGCCAUUUCUGGACCCGCUCGCCGCGGCUGGCAUUCCGGUGAUAAACCUUCACCCCGCGCUGCCCGGCCGCUACGAUGGCGCCAACGCUAUUGGCAGGGCAUACGAAGAUUUCAAGGCCGGUAAAUUGGAGAACAACCGAACGGGUGCCAUGAUUCACUAUGUGAUCGCCCAGGUUGAUCGUGGUGAGCCUAUCCUGGUUCAAGAGGUUGAAGUCCUCCCAACCGACAAAUUGGAAGACCUCGAGAAGAGGAUGCACGACGUUGAGCAUGCCAUCAUCGUCAAGGCCACAGCUCAAGUCUCACAAGAAGUUUUGGCCAAGAAGCAGCAGCAAGAGCAGUAA